CGUAGGUGGUAGGAGGGGCCCCAUCCGUCAUCCUGCUGCUUCCGCCGCGUCCAUCCUCCCUGCUUAGGUUAGCCCUUCGCACAUCCUCCGCCGCCGCCGCCGACGAUCCCCAUCAAUCCCGCGAGCGAGCGGGGCCCCGUCGUUCGUCCUCCUGCCGCUUCCGCCGCAUCCAUCCUGUAGGAUCGAUGGAGGCGAAGUUAUCGUUUUCUCAGGACAGCCCGCCAAUUUCCAUAAUUUCUGCUGCUAAGGUUGCCGGUGUCUCCCUGUCCAUAGAUCCUAGUCUUGCUGCGGGCUCAGCACCCGUUCUAUGCUUCAGUUCUGGAGAAUCACUCCGUGGUAUCAACCCUAUUCUCGAGUACAUUGCCCAAUCCUCUCCAAGCCUCCAUGGCCGAGAUGCUAUUGAGUCUGGACAUGUUGUUGAAUGGCUUGAAUACGCCCCCACCUUCCUUUUAGGAUCAGAAUUUGAGGUUGCCUGCUCAUUUGUUGAUGGAUACUUGAUGUCUCGGACCUUUCUGGUUGGUCAUGUUUUAACGAUUGCUGAUAUCACUGUAUGGUCAAAUCUGGCUGGGAUUGGUCAACGAUGGGAGAGUCUACGGAAAUCAAAGAAAUACCAAAAUCUUGUCCGUUGGUUCAAUGGCAUAGAUUCAGACUACAAAGACACAUUGAAUGAGGUUAUAGCUGCUUAUGUUGGGAAACGAGGAAUUGGGAAAUCCCCUGCACCAAACCUUAAGGAAAAGGUUAAUGACUCAAAGGAUCCUUCAGCUCCAGAAGUUGAUCUCCCUGGUGCAAAAUUUGGAGAGGUGUGUGUUCGCUUUGCCCCAGAGCCCAGUGGUUACCUCCAUAUAGGUCAUGCAAAGGCUGCACUCUUGAACAAGUACUUUGCAGAAAGAUAUCAAGGUCGAUUAAUUGUUCGAUUUGAUGACACUAACCCUUCAAAAGAAAGCAAUGAGUUUGUUGAAAACCUCCUAAAAGAUAUUGAGACCCUGGGAAUCAAAUAUGAUGCUGUCACAUACACAUCUGAUUAUUUUCCAAAGCUAAUGGAAAUGGCUGAAAAACUGAUUAAGCAGGGAAAAGCAUAUGUUGAUGACACACCAAAGGAGCAAAUGAGAAGUGAGAGAAUGGAUGGUGUGGAGUCAAAGUGCAGAAAUAAUACUGUGGAGGAAAAUCUGUCUCUAUGGAAAGAGAUGAUAAAUGGUUCUGAAAGGGGUAUGCAAUGCUGUGUGAGGGGUAAACUUGACAUGCAGGAUCCUAACAAGUCCCUUCGGGAUCCAGUUUACUACCGUUGCAACACUGAUCCUCACCAUCGUAUUGGUUCAAAGUACAAGGUCUAUCCAACUUAUGACUUUGCUUGUCCAUUCGUUGAUGCGCUGGAGGGAGUGACCCAUGCUCUUCGUUCCAGUGAAUAUCAUGACAGGAAUGCACAAUACUAUCGAAUUCUUCAAGAUAUGGGGAUGAGGAGAGUAGAAAUAUAUGAGUUCAGCAGAUUGAAUAUGGUUUAUACUCUUCUUAGCAAGCGGAAGCUGCUUUGGUUUGUGCAGAACAAGAAGGUUGAAGAUUGGACAGACCCUCGUUUCCCCACUGUUCAAGGCAUAGUACGCCGUGGCUUGAAAGUUGAGGCUUUGAUACAAUUUAUACUCCAACAGGGUGCUUCGAAAAAUUUGAAUCUUAUGGAGUGGGAUAAACUCUGGACAAUCAACAAGAAAAUAAUUGACCCAGUUUGUGCAAGGCAUACUGCUGUGUUGAAAGAUCAGCGUGUGAUCUUCAGGCUUACUAAUGGUCCAGAGAAAUCAUUUGUUCAAAUUUUGCCAAGGCACAAGAAAUUUGAUGGUGCAGGAAAGAAGGCAACAACCUUCACAAACAGAAUUUGGCUAGAUUAUGCUGAUGCAUCUGCAAUUAGCAAGGGUGAGGAAGUUACUCUGAUGGACUGGGGAAAUGCCAUCAUUAAAGAAAUCAAGAUGGAGAAUGGAGUAAUUACUGAACUGAUUGGAGAACUACAUCUUGAGGGAUCUGUGAAGACAACAAAAUUGAAGGUUACAUGGCUUCCGGACAUAGAUGAUCUGGUUCCUCUCUCAUUGGUGGAAUUUGAUUACCUGAUUAGCAAGAAGAAGCUUGAGGAGGAUGAGAACUUCCUUGACAACCUGAACCCAUGCACUCGGAAAGAAACCCUGGCCCUAGGAGACGCAAAUAUGAGGAACCUCCUGCGUGGGGAGGUCAUACAGCUUGAGAGGAAAGGCUAUUACAGGUGCGAUGCCCCUUUUGUCAGAUCCUCGAAGCCGGUGGUUUUGUUCGCUAUCCCUGAUGGUCGACAGCAGGCCAGUUUGAACUAGGCGGCAUGAUUCUGAUGAGCUUCUCAAGUCGUUGAGUUGUCAGAGAUUCCUGAAUGCUCUACUGAAACACUCCCAUCUCAUACUGUAAUGUCGCUUAUGUGUCAUGGGUGAUUUGCGCUAAGUUUUGGUGCACAGUUUAAUGUUUCUCAUGCUCCAUGCUCCAGUUAUUAAGAAGACACAACAUUUCUUAGAUGGCAACGUGUUAGCUUGGCGAUAUCAUACUGCCAGAUACAAGCAUCUGAAUUUUUUGAAGACUAAUAUCUGAUAUUGCUUGGCAUCUGAAUUUUUUGAAGACUAAUACCGCUCUGGGAAACUGAGUUGAGGACA